AUGACGGACUCGGCUGUGGUGGAUCACCUGGCACGACUGAAACUCAAACUCCUUGAAAAGAAACUAGAAAAUGAACAGGAAACUAUGGAGGAUUGUGAAUCUCCUGUUCCUGAAGCAAGGAAUUACAGAGGCCACGACUAUGCCUUACAAAGCGCACUGAGGCGAAGAAAAGACCUUCUGCAGCAACUCAGGGAACAAAAUCUUUUGCAAGAAUUCUCACGACCGCAUGACUCGCCAAGAAUCCAACGGAAGCACUACAGACAGGAACCAGAGUAUUACCAAGCUCCUGCUCCUGCUGCGGCUCCUGUCCCGCCACCUCCUCCUCCUCCACCACCACCGCCAGCACCGCCAAGGAUUAUCCAGCAAACAUUGCCUCAGCAGCCAGCCACCAUUAUUCAGCAGAUCCCUCAGCAUUCACCGCUCAUUACCCAGAUCCCGUCUCCACAACCUUUCCCAGCUCCCCGCUCUGGGAGCAUUAAGGAAGAUAUGGUGGAAAUGAUGCUGAUGCAAAACGCGCAGAUGCACCAGAUCAUUAUGCAGAACAUGAUGCUGAAAUCUUUGCCACCACCCGCAUAUUCACCAGCCAGCGGGCCUGGGGCUCCUCUGCUUCACCACGGACAGCCGGUUACUGCCCCUAUUGUGGUACGAACAGAGAAACCCCGACCGUCAACUGUACAUCAUCAUCACUAUACACCUGCAGGGGUGCCCGCUCUGCCCCCUCAGCUUGGCUUUCCCAUGUGGCCUUCAGUAAUGCCACCUGUUCUUGGCACACAACAAGGUGGUUUCCCGUCUGAUCCCUACCAUCUGUCCAUCCCAACUACCGCAACACACAC